CUCCCGCGGCUCUAAGGCGCGCGGUGCCACUGUCCGGUGGUCCCGGCUUCCGCGUCCCAGGCUCGGCCCCCGCCCAGCCCGGCCCGGGCCUCCGCCUCGCUCCCGCCCCAGCCGCGGCCCACCGAGCCCGCGGCCAACCGAGCCCACAGCGACGCCCGCACAGCCGCGGGGGCCCGGGCGGGGGGCCAUGCCGUGCCGGAGGGAGGAGGAGGAGGAAGCCGGCGACGAGGCGGAGGGGGAGGAGGACGACGACAGCUUCCUCCUGCUGCAGCAGUCGGUGACUCUGGGCGGCUCGGCGGACGUGGACCGGCUCAUCGCCCAGAUCGGCGAGACGCUGCAGCUGGACACGGCGCACGACGGCCCGGCCUCGCCGUGUGGCGCCCCGGGCCCCCCGCCCGCGCCCCCGCGGGUCCUGGCGGCGCUGCCGGCAGACAAGGCCGGGACCCCAGCGAGACGGCUGCUGCGGCCGGCGGGGUCAGCGGAGGCCGAGGACCCUGCGCCCCCGGGGGCCGUGCGCUGCGUGCUGGGGGAGCGCGGGCGCGUGCGGGGCCGGGCUGCGCCCUACUGCGUGGCGGAGAUCGCCCCGGGCGCCAGCGCGCUGCCCCAGCAGCCUGGCCUUGAGGGACCCCCGGGGACCGGCAAACUAAGCACCCCACAGCCACUGUCGGGCCCGUGCCGGCGGGGUUGGCUCAGGAACGCAGCCGCGUCCCGCCGCCUGCAACAGCGACGCGGAUCUCAGCCGGAGACCCGCACCGGUGACGACGACCCGCACCGGCUCCUGCAGCAGCUGGUGCUCUCGGGAAACCUCAUCAAGGAGGCGGUGCGGAGACUUCAUUCGCGACGGCUACAGCUACACGCAAAGCUUCCCGCACACCCGUUCCUCGGGCCUCUGUCAGCCCCGGUGCAUGAGCCGCCUUCGCCCGGGAGCCCUCGCGCGGCCUGCAGCGACCCUGGCGCUUGCAUGAGGAGGGCGCAGCUCAGAACUGGGGACGACUUUCUUGUCCCUGGCAGCUAACAACCUAGGUGGCCACAGCGCCAGCCUGUAGCCGGGGACCAAGAGAUUCACCCCAGGGCUUCAUCCACCCGGAGCUGGUGGAGGACUCGAGCAUUUGGAAACGGGGAAAUAAGCUAAGGAAGACAGCCGAAAAAUCUCAGAUAUUUUCAUGGAUAACUGAAGUUGAGAGUCCCAAACUGUUUGAAACCCAGGACUUAGGUUUGUUUAAAGCAGAUUCUAUAGAGCGCACCCCAGGCUGUCAGCAGGGCUCCUUUUUUGGCUUGAUCCAACCUGGUCGCUGCAAUUCCGCGUAGACUCUCCUGGCCAACCGGGCGACCACGGUGCAUGCUCUCAGGAUCGGCUCAGCCAGCUGUGGAACGAAGGACGAUAAUCCCGUUACUUGCUGUACUUUUCAGGGCUGGUUCCUGAUCCACUUUGGGGGAGGGGGAAAACGAGUGGACUUAAUUUCGGGGAGCACCCCGAAAUACCACACUUGAACAUUUAACGACAGUUAAAAGACCAUCUCAUCGUUUGUGGUGCUGGUUUCAAUGUAAAAUAUGCGGUACCACUAGAGAACCCUCUUGGGGCUGAAUAGAAGUAACCGGGUUUUUUUUGUUGUUUUUGUUUUGUUUUUUUUUUUGUCUGUUCCCUUUUUUUCAACGGGUUGCUGUUAGCAGAGUGUUAAGGGAAAGCUGUACCCCACGAGGGUAGGGUGGGAGGCGGCAGUGAGCUGUGUCCGGUGAUGGAAGGGUAUGGCGAGGCACGGAGUAAACCCUCCUGCCUUCCCAAAGUGCGUUUUUAAAGGAGACCAAUCCCUCUUUGGGUUCAAGGUCACUGUUUCCUGGGUUUGCACCGGGUCGUGGGACUCCCGCACCGAAACUAACCGAAUUGCCUUGCUGGGAGAAGAGCACACUGUUUUGCAAAUACAGGAGUCCUCUAAGGACGCUCCCGCCACCUCCCAGAGGGAGUGGGGUGUCGGGUGCUGAGUGUCUGUGCUUCCCGCCUGAGGCCACCGCCCCGCCCCUCCUCCCGGCCCGCAAACAAACUGCCUUGAGACGGUGCCUGAGUACCACCUUUCCCCUUGGUUCUGCUGCCCUACUCGAGCGGGGCGGCGCUCCUGAUGCUAGGGGUCUGGGGAGGUUCCACUUAAUGGGCACUCCAGGGACACAGCUUGGGACAGUCUCACACAGCCUCUUCUAAUGGGCUCUCGGCCAUUUGUAAUAACAGCUGCACUUCCCUGGAUAGACAAGAGUUGAUUUCCUCCUCCUGUCCCUCCCCCAGCUUGCCUUUGUAAAGGAAGGAGACCUAGUAGAAAAUGUGACCCUCCAAAUGGGAAAGCUGCAGGCUUUUUGCUAUCGUGACUGUGAAGUGCUUGGAAAUACUGUUCACUCUGAGCGACCGUUUAGUUUUAUGGAGUCAAUGGCUUGUUCAGCAUCCAGAUGUGGCUAUUGACAUAUCUACACUUCGAACCGGAGUGACUGGAAUCGUGGCUGUCCUGAUUAUAGGAUUUUAACUUAACUGAAAUAACUUUUUGAAUAAAUGUGUUGGGUCCCCCCA